AAGGAGCCAAGGCGAGCAGGGCAGCCCAGGCGGCGGAGGGGAUGGCGAGGGAAGAGGAGACUUACUAUGGCAAGCACGGGACACCACAUAAAUAUGACCCAACUUUCAAAGGCCCCAUUUAUGACAGGGGCUGCACAGAUAUCAUCUGCUGUAUCUUGCUGCUGGUUGCAAUUGGGGGCUAUGUGGCAGUGGGGAUUGUGGCAUGGACACAAGGAGACCCUCGCAAGGUCAUUUAUCCAACAGAUAGUCGUGGACAGUUCUGUGGGCAAAAGGGCACACCCAAUGAGCAGAAGCCUUACUUGUUUUACUUCAACAUCAUGAAAUGUGCUAGCCCUUUGGUGUUGCUGCAGUUUCAGUGUCCUACUACACAGAGUGCACCUGAAGUGUUGAAAGAUGGUGAAUGCCCAGCCAUGCUUACGCCAAGCAAGAUCUUGGCCCGUAGAUGUUUACCUGCAAUCUAUAGUAAGAAAGGUGUUAUCAUGGUUGGAAACGCAACAACUUUUGAUGAUGGAAGUGGAAGUGGGAAGAAAAGAAAUGUGACAGAUCUUCUGGAAGGGGCCAAAAAGGCAAAUGUCCUUCUGGAGACAAGACAAGUAGCUAUGAAAAUCUUUGAAGAUUACACCGUUUCCUGGUACUGGAUAAUAAUAGGCCUCGUGAUUUCCAUGGUAAUCAGCCUUGUAUUUAUUGUUCUGCUCCGGUUCCUGGCAGGGAUCAUGAUUUGGGUGAUGAUUGUACUGGUGAUCCUGGUGCUUGGAUAUGGAAUAUUUCAUUGUUAUAUGGAAUAUGCUCAACUGAAGGGACAGUCUGGUUCUGAUGUCUCCUUGAUGGAACUUGGAUUCCAGACAGAUUUUCGUGUCUAUCUCCACCUGAAACAAACCUGGUUAGCUUUCAUGAUCAUCCUGUGUAUUUUGGAAGUUGUCAUUAUUCUACUGCUUAUCUUCUUGCGCAAGAGAAUACUCAUAGCCAUUGCACUGAUCAAGGAAGCCAGCAGGGCUAUUGGAUACAUCAUGACGUCCCUUCUGUUUCCGCUGUGUACUUUCUUCCUGGUGUGUCUCUGCAUUGCUUACUGGGCUAGUACUGCCGUUUUCUUGUCUACCUCUAACGAAGCUGUCUACAAGGUAUUUAAUGAUACAGAAUGCCAAUAUGCUGGAACAACUUGCAAACCAGAGACCUUCAGUACGUCCAACGUCACCAAGCUCUGUCCGGGAGCCCGUUGCCUCUUUGCCUUCUAUGGUGGUGAGACUGCCUACCACAAGUAUCUCAUCAUCUUUCAGAUUUUCAAUGUUUUCAUGUUCUUUUGGCUGGCCAACUUUGUCAUUGCCUUGGGCCAAGUCACACUUGCUGGGGCCUUUGCAUCGUACUACUGGGCUUUUAAAAAACCGGAUGACAUGCCAGCGUUUCCACUCUUCUCCGCCUUUGGCCGAGCACUCAGAGUGGCUGUUUUGGACAAAGUCACUGAUUUCCUGUUUUUCCUUGGAAAAAUCCUAAUUGUGGGAAGUGUUGGUAUCCUUGCUUUCUUUUUUUUCACCCAGAGAAUAAAACUGAUUCAAGACACCGCACCAACUCUUAAUUACUACUGGGUCCCCAUUCUGACAGUGAUUGUGGGUUCCUACCUCAUUGCACAUGGAUUUUUCAGUGUAUAUGCCAUGUGUGUGGACACACUUUUCCUUUGCUUCUUGGAAGACCUGGAGCGCAAUGAUGGCUCUCCGGAGAAGCCUUACUUCAUGUCAUCUGACCUGAGAAAACUCCUGAAGAAGACUAACAAAGAGACAGAUGCAUGAUUUCCAUGAGAUAGGAUGAGAGGCACCAACUUGACUUUUGUCAAGAUAGAGCAGCAUCUGCGAGGUUACAAUAUCUGCUACCCCUGGCUGUGCCGUAUCACUGUAGCUUGGCAAAAUCAGACACCUCUCAUCUUGUAUCUCUUGAUUUUUGAAUGUAGAGGUUUUUCUUUCUUUCCCCUUUUAAAAUGAAAAAUUAGCCACAGGUUACAAUAGAUCAGUGUUUC